UUCACUUCAUUUCAAUUGGAAAUUGGAAUCGGCAGCACGCGGUUGCUUUCAAGUUCGGUGUGCAAGUCAAAUCAACAAAUUAGUCAGCUUACAACAAGUGUUUUGUAUUAAAAUGACGGAUUUCGAUUUUGUCCCCAUCGCAGUGGGCGUGGUUGCCGUGGUCGCCGGCGCCCUGAUCGUCCAUUACUUUCUGAACAAAAAGUCCACAAAGCCACGUCGCGAACCCAAUCGCACCGCUCGUCUGCGCACUCUGGUGGAUCCCAAUGACAAAUACCUGCUGCCCCUCAUCGAAAAGGAGAAUCUCAGCCACGACACGAGGCGAUUCCGGUUCGGAUUGCCCUCCAAACAGCACGUUCUUGGUCUGCCCGUUGGUCAACACAUCCAUCUGAUCGCGACCAUCGACAAUGAGCUUGUCAUUCGGCCAUACACGCCCAUCUCAUCGGACGAGGACUUGGGCUAUGUGGAUCUGGUGGUCAAGGUAUACUUCAAGGACACGCACCCGAAGUUCCCCGCCGGCGGCAAGAUGACGCAGCACUUGGAGCAGCUCGAAUUGGGCGACAAGAUCUCGUUCCGCGGUCCCUCGGGUCGACUGCAGUAUCUGGGCAAUGGCACCUUCUCGAUCAAGAAGCUGCGCAAGGAUCCGCCCAAGAACGUGACCGCCAAGCGGGUGAACAUGAUUGCCGGCGGCACGGGCAUCACUCCCAUGCUCCAAUUGGCCAGAGAAGUGCUCAAGCGCAGCGACAAGGACAAAACCCAACUGGCACUGCUGUUCGCCAACCAGAGCGAAAAGGAUAUUUUGCUGCGCGGAGAGCUGGACGAACUGGCCCAAAAGCAUCCCGAUCAGUUUAAGGUCUGGUACACCGUCGACAAAGCCGCAGAAGGCUGGCCGUACAGCGUUGGCUUCAUCAAUGAGGACAUGAUUGCCGCCAAUUUGCUACCCGCCAGCGAUGAUACCAUUGUCCUGCUCUGCGGCCCACCGCCCAUGAUCAACUUCGCCUGCAAUCCGGCGCUGGACAAGCUCGGCUACCAUCCGGACACCCGGUUCGCCUAUUAGAAACACACUCCUGCGGAGCGAAGAAGAAAUUGCAUUUCGGCUUAGUCAUUUUCCAUUAAUAUCGGUUGCCUUCAUUGAAAGUUCGUCUGAAUCCUCGAGGAAUCCCCGAAAUUGCGGCUUUGGAUCGGUGUGUUUAAACGCAAAGCGAAUAAAAACUAAUUCGAUUCUAAUUGUUGAAGUCUUAUUUUAUGAUUUGUGAAUAAACGAGUGUUGAAAACAAA